AUGACAGUCAGGGAUUUGAGGUCUGACUUGUGUGAAAAUUUUGUGAGCUUGUGUUCUGUCAGUGAGUGCAUGUCUCUGUGCUUGAUUGCUUGCAAAAUUGUGUGUUCUUAUCUUGCUCCUUGUGUUCUUGUUAAAAUUGCUUCUAAAAUGGCUCAACCUGUUUUCAAAUCUGUUGAUGGCUCUCUGCCUGAUGAUGUUUCUCAAGAAAAACUGGAUGAAAUGAAUGAGUUGGCUAGGGCUACUAUUAUUCUUAAUCUGUCUGAUUCUGUGAUUAGGAAAGUUGAUCAUAUUGAAUCUGCUUCUGAAAUGUGGAAACACAUUGAUACACUGUUUACUGAAACUUCUAUGUCUUCAAAGAUAUUACAGAAGCUUGUGCAAGAUAUUAAAAGAUCUGGUGAUAAAACAAUUGAUGAAUACACUAGUAUUGCUUUGAUGAAUGCUAUACCUGAUUCUUAUAGUGAUGUAAAAGCUGUCAUUAAAUAUGGCAGAGACUCUGCUCCUCUUGACUUAUUAGCUAUUGAAAAUGUUGCAAAUAUUACAAAGUUUGAUGCUGACAAUGAAUCUGUGUUUAUGCUGCAUGAUUUGUUGUAUAUAAAUGCUUCCCCUAUGUGUCCUUUUACAUCAAAUGAUUGGCUGUGUGAUUCUGGUUGUACUUAUCAUGUUAGCCCCUUCAAGGAAGUAUUCACUGAGAUUAAGCUUGUAACUAAUACUUAUGUGUCAAUGGCUGAUGACAAGAAGUGUGAAAUUCUUGGUAUUGGCACUGUGUGUUUGAAGUUUGAAAAUGACUAUGCGUUGAACCUGAAGGAUGUGAGAUAUGUUCCAGAUUUAUACUAUAAUUUGAUGUCAUGCACUGCAUUAGAAAAAUCUGGCAUGGGUGGAAAAUGGGGGGAAGGGUACAUGAAAAUCUGUAAGGGUUCCAUGUGUGUGUUCAAGGCUAAAAGGAAAUGUGGUUUAUAUGUCUGUACAGCUGUGCCUCUUACCUGUGAUAAAUCAUGUGCCAAUGUUGUUAAAACUGAUAAAUUGAUGUUAUGGCAUAAUAGGCUAGGUCACAUGAGUAAAAAAGGACUGAAUAUUCUGAAAAAACAUGAUAUCUUGUCUGAAUCUGAUGUUCAUGGUAAUUUGCCUUUCUGUGACACUUGUGUGUUAGGUAAACAGCAGAGUUACUUUUUCUACCCUUGUGCCUACAAAUGUCAGUCAAAAUAUUUUUGA